AAUGAUUAUUUAGUAUUUAUUCUCUGUUUACUAUAAUUGCAUAUAUAAAAUGUUAUUUGCCAUUGCUUAUAUUUAUAAAUUUGUUGUACAUCAAAUGGAUGUCAAAGUUGUUUUUCUAAAUGGUGAAGAGAUUUAUAUGGAGCAGCCCAAUAGACAUAUAAUCCUUGUUCAAGAACACACAAGUGUUCAAAUUAGUGAAAUCCUUGUAGGAUUAAAGCAAGCUCCUAAACAAUGGCAUAAAAGUUUGACAAGGUGAUGUUGUCUAAUGCAUAUUUGAUUAAUAAUCUUGGUGGGAGAGUUUUUAUACUCAGCUGUAAUCUUAGGUUUGAGGUCUACCGCUUCUAUGACCCCAUAGCUGAUGCGCCACCACCAUCACCUCCACCAGAAGUAUCUCCUUCACCAUCAACCAAUAUCAGCUCAACAAAAGGAAAGGAGAGUAACAAAUUUUCUCGAACCGUCAUCAUUAUAGUUGUGGUAUUAAUCAUCUCCAUUUGCAUCUAUUUGAGAGUGAGGAAGCUAUAUAGCCAAGGGAGAAACCAGAAAGGCGGCCCACAUGUCUUCCUUAGCUUGAGGAUUUACCGUCCUCCAGUUUGGAGCGCUUAGCCCCACAAACUUCCCACUUCGGACAUAUGUCGCUCCUAGCCGGCGAAAUUUCAACCCACUCGUGCAAAUUGGCUGCAACAUUCCAUUAAAUUCGACUAUAACCUUCUCUCCGAUGGGUAUUGUCCAAAGGGCAUUUGGAGAGCCUACAUCUCUUAUGUGAAAAUUGUCAUCCGUAUCUGUAUUUAAAUUAAACAGAUGCCAAAUAUUAGAAACAAUAUUACAUGUGUAUAUUAGAAAAAUUAUAUAUGUAUAUAUAUACACACACACAUAUACACCUACCUAUCGUACGGACUUGUCGACUGUCCAAUAAAUACGCCAGAAUUGGGACCUUGUGUCGUGUCAUCCAAAUGUGGCACUAUUGGAGUAUCAAGAUCACGAGGAGACUCUGCAAAUCCAGUGUUGGCCGUAUCCGACGGCGUAUGUGGGCUGUCAAGUACGGGCUCCUCAAUAAAUGCACUCGAAGAAGGUAGGCGAGUGUCAUGUGUCAUCUCAUCUACAAACUGAGAUGGUUGUGCCUCAGGUGUAAAAAGUCGUGUUGGGAUCCGCGUAUAAAGUCUCUUCCUCGGAGGUGAUGAUGCCAUAUCGGUCUACAAA